UCCGAUAACGAAUGAGAAUAAACACUAUUUCUUCAGGUUACGCUUCCCACUGCUUUCAAGCCUGGUAGCUCCUCCGGUAGUUCUUCUAGUCACCUAGCUUUGAAGAAGGUGAAGGUUAAAGCAGCAGAGAAGGAGAAGGCUGAGAAGGAGAAGAAGGACAGGAUGUGGAAGGAGCUUCUUGAGCAGAAGAGGAGAGAGAGGAGAGAGAGGAAGGUGGGGAAGCAGAUGGAGAAGCAGAUGGAGAAGCAGCUGGAGGAAGAACAGGUUACGCCUCCCACUGCUUUGAAGCCUGGUAGUUCCUCCGGUAGUUCUUCUGGUCACCCAGCUCCUAUAGGCAUGACAGAAAAAGAUGCUUUGGAGACCUGUAGUUCUCCUGCUCACCCAGCUCCCAGAGGCAUGACAGAAAAGGAUGCUUUGGAGACCUGUAGUUCUCCUGCACACCCAGCUCCCAGAGGCAUGACAGAAAAGGUUGGUCAAUGAUACUCUUUAUGUGAAUUAUUUUCAUGUGAAUAAACACUAUUUCUUCAGAAUGGUCCUGGUCUCAGGACUCGUCUCCUCCUUAAGCCAUCCUAUGUGUCAGGGAGAGGAAAGGUAUGUUAAUGUUAAUCUUUAUGUGAAUUAUUUUCAUGUCAAUAAACUCUAUUUCUUCAGACUAAGGCCCCAGCCAGUCGUUGGGUUCCAACCCUCCUGCAUACCCCUGACUUGACGACCCCACUGCCUCCUGCAAGAGAAACUCCUGUGAAUAAGGGAGCUUUUGC